UGGCGCAGCAGUGUUGAGUCAACGCUGCAUCUGGGAGGCUGAGGCAGCAGCAGCAGCAUCUCUGGUGUGAUGUGGCGAGACGGAGAGGGGAUGACAUAGCGACAGCAUCCGCUAACCAUACAGAGCGCAGCUUCCUCUUUAAGUCGGGUUUAACGCGUUUCCGUUAGAUAACGCUGAGUGUUUGCGCCGCCUGGUUCCCGCAUCAGUUGCCAUCGGGCCAACCUCACGGAGAUUUUUGAUCAAAGUUGCUGCUAGCUCGCGUUAGCUCGCCGCUACCCUUCAAACAUUCAAGCGGCCACAUAAAACAUGCGGAGCAUCGAGGCCGAGACCCCUGGGAUAUCUUUAAACGCUUCCCGCAGGACACGACCUUCGGCUGGACGCUGACUGGACUCUGCAGAGCCGCUGUAGAGGACAGAGAGCGACAGAUCUCAAGGACCAGAUUGUCUGCCGAACUUCUUGCCUCCUAAGACAGAUCGCCAGGGACCAUGCUGACCAUCUUGGCUGCUGGCUCUGUGUUUUUUCCAGGCCUUUUCCUUCUGUCCAAACAAUGCCUGAAGUCCAUCCCAGCACUGAGAUGGAGCGAAGGAGAUGCGGUCAUCGUAUCGGCCAGGUUGGUAUCAUCAGUUCAGGCAGUCAUGGCUUCUUCAGCUGGCUACAUCAUUGCAUCUUCCUGUAAGGACAUAAUUGAGGACCAGCACUGGCUCACAAGCACCUACAUCAUGUUUGCUGUCCCCUAUUUCGUCUACGACAUCUACGCCAUGUUCAUGUGCUACUGGUACAAGCUGCGGGUGAAAGGUCAUGAGGAGGCCUUGGCGGCCCCCCAACACAUGCGCUCAGCAGUGAGGAGUUACCUGCGUCGCGAGUUCCUCAUGGUGCUGCACCACGUUGUCAUGGUCACCGUCUGCUUCCCCGUGUCUGUGUUUUGGCGACAAGGAAAGGGCGACUAUUUCCAGGGCAUAAUGUUCAUGGCUGAGCUCAGCACUCCAUCCGUCUGCUUAGGAAAAAUACUCAUCCAGUACAAACAGCAACACACUCUGCUGCACAAAGUGAAUGGGGCUCUUAUGCUGGUCACUUUUUUCAUCUUUCGAGUCCUACUCUUCCCUUACCUCUACUACGUCUAUGGAAGGUAUGCGUCGAUCCCCUUCCACAUGGUUCCCCUGACGGUACCCUGGCACUGUAAUGUCGGCGCCGCCCUGCUCAUGGCGCCCCAGCUCUACUGGUUCUCCCUCAUCUGCCGAGGCGCUCUGCGAUUAUUCACCGGAGCGUCGCGCUCCCAGCGGCCGCGCGCGCCUUCCGCCGACGCCAAGGAUCACCCGGCGGACGGCAACGCGCUGCCUCAGCCCGCUAACGGCUACAGCGCGCGCUCGACAGAGCCAGAGCUGACCACCCACUGAGAGGAGGAGGCAGGAGGAGGAGCGGCGGCGGCGUGGGGGGGAGGAAGGCGAAUGUACCAAUGAGUAUGUAAACAGGAAGGAGAGCAAAAAGUUAAACUUCUAAAAUCACGCUGAAGUGUUUCAGAGCCAGCAAACGGCUAAAACGAAGUGGUGGCUGACCUUCAAGUACUUCAGCUUGGUAGUUUGUAGGAACCAAAUGGAGCUUUAGGGCACCUUAGUAUUUAAGAUGUCAUCAAGCACUGUGACGGAUAGGAACAUGCACUGACCCGGGAGGAACCUGCCUGGAUAUUUAGCAAGUGUAGGUGGCCAUUUCCCCUCAUGUAGAUCAAAUACAGUCCUCGCUGCCUCGUAUUAUAGGAAGAGCAGGAAAAUAGGAAUGUAUUAUAUUGUAUGUUAGUAUGUUUGCUGUAGAUGAAAGGCCCGAUUCAGUUUAGUAACGAAGAAGACCUUCAAAAAAAAAAAAAAAAAAAA